UACGGCCAAUAUCACCCAUUUAUAUGAACCUCCAAUUAAAGAAUCAGAAGUUUAAUCUUAUCCACACAACAUUGGACAAGUAUUCUGAUCCUUCUCUGGUUCUCUAUUCGAUCCUUUUUAAAGAGCAGAGAGAGAGAGAGAUGGAAGCAACGGCAGCAAUGACGGCAAUACCUCCACUGUAUCACCCCAAAACGUUUUCGACAGCCAUGGCUGGUUCUUCGAACUUACAAGCUCGCUGCCUUCACUUCCUCUCUCUAUCAGUUCCGUUUUUUGGGAGGAUUAAAACCCAACAAAGAAUCCACAGAAGAUCCCCGAAUCUCCAACUUUUGGUCGUCCGGAACUGUGGUUCGAUCACUGCCAAACCCUCGUCAGAGAUACAGAAGAAGCGUGAUGAUUCGAAACCCGACGAGAAACUUCGCGCUCUCCGGGAGCUCUUCUCCAGGCCCGGGGUUGGAAUUGAUGCUUAUAUUAUCCCUUCCCAAGAUGCUCACCAGAGUGAAUUCAUUGCUGAGUGCUUUAUGAGGCGGACAUAUAUAUCUGGAUUUACUGGUAGUGCAGGAACUGCUGUUGUCACAAAGGAUAAAGCAGCUCUUUGGACUGAUGGGCGUUAUUUUCUUCAGGCAGAAAAGCAGUUAAGCCCUAGUUGGAUUCUCAUGCGUGCUGGCAAUUUUGGAGUCCCUACUACUGGUGAAUGGCUUAAUGAGGUUCUAGUUCCUGGUUGCAGAGUUGGCAUAGAUCCUUUUCUUUUUUCUUCUGAUGCAGCAGAGGAACUUAAAGAUACCAUUUCUAAGAGGAACCAUCAAUUGGUUUACUUGUAUGAUUUGAAUCUUGUGGACGAGAUAUGGAAAGAAUCAAGACCGAAGCUUCCUCAAAAACCAAUUAGAGUGCACAACAUCAAGUAUGCCGGUGUUGAUGUCUCAUCAAAGUUGUCUUCCCUAAGAUCUGAUCUUGUUGAAGUGGGUUGUUCUGCAAUUGUUAUUUCUAUGCUUGAUGAGGUUGCUUGGUUGUUGAACUUGAGAGGAAAUGAUGUUCCGCAUUCACCUGUGAUGUAUGCCUACUUAAGCAUAGAGAUUGAUGGGGCCAAACUGUUUAUUGAUAAUUCUAAAGUCUCCAAGGAAGUGAUGGAUCAUUUGAAGAACUCAGGAGUAGAGUUGAGACCAUAUGAAUCCAUUCUUUCUGAAAUAGAAAGUUUGGCUACAAAAGGGGCACAACUUUGGUUGGAUACAUCAAGUGUAAAUGCAGCCAUAGUCGCAACCUAUAGAUCUGCUUGUGAUAAAUUUCUUGGAAAUCUUCAGAAGAAAGGCAAAAAUAAUAAAGGGAAACAUGAAGAGCUAAUCGGUGAAUCUGAAGGACCUGUUGGAAUUUACAAGGUUUCUCCUGUCACCUUUGCAAAGGCAGUGAAAAAUCCUGCUGAACUGGAAGGAAUGCAAAAUUCACAUUUAAGGGAUGCAGCUGCGCUGUCACAGUUUUGGGCUUGGCUAGAGGAGGAAAUUCAUAAUAAUGUGGUACUUACAGAAGUACAAGUUGCAGACAAACUUCUUGAAUUCCGGGCAAAGCAGGCUGGUUUUAUGGAUACAAGUUUUGAUACUAUUAGUGCUUCUGGUGGAAAUGGUGCUAUUAUACAUUACAAACCAGAGCCCAAGAGCUGCAGUGUGGUGGAUGCUAAUAAAUUAUUCCUAUUAGAUAGUGGUGCACAAUAUAUCGAUGGUACAACAGACAUAACAAGGACAGUACAUUUCGGUGAACCUACUUCACGACAAAAAGAAUGUUUCACCCGAGUUUUACAGGGUCAUAUAGCUCUUGAUCAGGCGGUAUUCCCUGAAAAUACUCCUGGUUUUGUACUGGAUGCAUUUGCUCGUUCUUCCCUUUGGAAGAUUGGACUUGAUUACCGGCAUGGAACUGGCCACGGUGUAGGAGCAGCAUUGAAUGUCCAUGAAGGCCCUCAGAGUAUAAGCUUUCGAUUUGGGAAUAUGACUCCAUUGCAGAAAGGCAUGAUUGUUAGCAAUGAACCUGGCUAUUAUGAAGACCAUUCUUUUGGCAUUCGGAUUGAGAAUCUCCUUUUUGUGAAAGAGGUUGAGACACCUAACAAUUUUGGAGGAAAUGCAUAUCUGGGAUUUGAGAAGAUGACAUUUGUUCCCAUUCAGAGCAAAUUAGUAGAUUUGUCUUUAUUGUCCAUUGCGGAGGUCAAUUGGCUCAAUGAUUAUCACUCACAAGUUUGGGAGAAGGUUUCCCCUUUGCUGGAUGGUUCUGCUCGUCAAUGGCUUUGGAACAACACAAGGCCACUUGUGAAACCAUGAUCAAACUUUUUAUUGUCCUUAAUAAGUCCAAAGGCUUCACUUUGCAUGACACAGUAGAAAGAACGAUUGUAAAUGUCAAAUUCUGUUGGAAAUGCAAAAAGAUUUUUAAGUGUUUACUAA